AAUAUUCUUUCUCUCCACAUGAAAAGCAAGCUCCAUAUAUAAUCCCCUCCUAGCCAUCCAUACAGCUCAUCCCUAUCCUACAACACUAGAUAUACAUAGUGCCCCAAAGAAACUUGGAGAUGAAACUAGUUGGGUGGCUAUUCAUCAUCUUAUCUGCUCAAGCCCUAUCAAUUUUGGCUAUUGAACUGUCUUCCACAACAACCAGAGACACAAAACACCAUAUCCAAGAACAAGCAGUUAAUGAUGUAAAUGGGGCAACAAGUUUGCAUGGAGGAAGUGAAGAUGGAAGAGGAUAUAUUCAUGUGUUGAAAAAAGCAAUGGUUUACAUGAGAAAUGCACAUAGUGGAGCAAGGGGAGCAAAGGGAUCUUAUGGAGGUGCAAAUGUAGUUCAUCGCCCUCCCCGUUCGGAGAGAAGUGCAGCUCCUCUAUUGCUGAAGAAGAAGAGCUCCCCUUUCUUCUUCAUGCUCUCAACAACUAUACUAUGUGCUGGCUUCAGUUUGGUCCUUGUUUUUCCCUUCUGAUCAAAAUCUGGACAUCAAUGGUAGAGAAGCUUAAUGGGUUGCUAUAACAUCAUGUUGGUUUGUUUUGUUUUCGUUUUUCCCUCUUAGUUUUGCUAUUCAGCUUCCUUGUGUGCUCUGUUUGGAUUCCAACAGAAAUGAUUUUACUAGAAUUAUGGCACUCGUCAUGUAAUUUAAACAAUCACUGAUUGUAUUUAUGUGAUGGAAGUUGUUACAAGUUGGUGUGCUA